AUGCGCGAUAACGCCUCACGGCUUAUCCGGCGGCUGCGGGUCGCCCCGGCGCGGGUUUACCCCCCCUCUCUCCACCACCGCUUCUUCUCCUGCGGGAGCCUCACCAAUCGGGACGACCCCGGCGCGGGGUUAGCCGGGGAGGAUGUGCUUUUUGUGGGAAAUUGCGAGGACUUCGCCGGGCAGGGCUCUCGUUUAAGGGUGUUGAUGUGGAGCUACGUGAUGGGGGCCCAACACGCCCUGCGAGGGGGCCGCGUCGUCUACGCGAUCGCCCCCGGCAGCGGCGGCUUUCAGCUCAGGCUCUUUGUUGAAUGCCUUGAAAAGCUCACCCUCGAAAACGAGAACGAAGAAGCAGAAAAUGGAAAAGAUAAAGUGGAAAAAAAGGGGCGAACAAAAGACGCCCCUGCGGACUCUACCACGCCAGCGGGAAAGCGUGAGGAGAGCACGGAUGAUAAUGCUAAUGGAAGAAUUCCUUUUAUGCAGCUCCCACCAUGUACGUUACUAACGAACAGCUCUGGUGCAAAUGACUUUGAGGGGGUCUCGGUGUGGUCUCUUGAAGAAAAUUUGUACUCCGAGAUCGAAAAUGAGGAUUGCCAUAAUGGAGCCGAUGUCAUAAUGACAAAAGUUUGGCGGCUACGAGAGAAAAUUGCACGCGCAAUGGAGCUUGUCGACGUCAUUCAAUGUCGUAAUGUCGAAGACUUCUACGUGUUUUGUCGUAACUAUACCUUUCCCCCCGUGGUGGAGCUUCACAAUGAGGAAUCCAAUCAAAACGAUGAGCAAAACGCGUCGCCGUCGGUGGUGCCUUUAGUUUUUGUGAAAGGAUACGGGGGAAAAGGUAGCUACUUUUACCACUAUGAGCGCGCCGCCGGUGAGGAGAUCCCGCUCCGCCAGUGGCUUUUCCAGUUCCUCCAGCGUCGUCUGCGGUGUGCGCUUAUUCUACAGGAUGAUCUUCAAGGCUUUCGGCCCCCUUUUGAGAACAAUUAUUUCCGCGAAACCCCUUUGAUGGCGACGGAAGGAAAUGAUUUCCGGCCGCGUUCAGGCGACUCUCGCGCAUUUUUUCGUACAUUACAAGAGAAAUCCUCCCUGCUGAAGGCGCUCCGACGGCCCUCCUCCUACACGCUCAGGCGCUUUGGUGAGCAGCCCAUCCUGUCUGAUAAUCACACUGGGGAAGGAGAAAAAAGGGGUGAACGAAAAGGCGAAAGAGUGGGGAGUGGAGGACCUCAACGCGUGUUUUAUCUUCUUCUGGAAACAAAUCCUCCGCCAUUUAACGCCACGGGCUCCUCGUCGUACAGUGAACAGUGGAAAAUAGAAGAGGUCGCCGGCGGAUUACGGCUGCGGAAAGUGGAAAAUGGCAGUGGGAAAGGGACCCCUGUGAAGGCUCCACUGAAUUACUUUUUCAAUGUUUCCUUCUUUUUUACCGUUGUUGAACUUUAA